AUGGUCGCUGUGUUGUUGUUGACGCUGGCUUCGGCUUGUCUGGCCUCCAAGCUCCCUGUAGUUGAUCUGGGAUAUGAGCUGCACCAAGCAAUCUCAUUCAAUAACUCCCAUGGCCUCUACAACUUCAGCAACAUCCGUUAUGCCGCACCCCCGGUUGGCGAGUUGCGAUUCCAGGCGCCUGUACUUCCCAAACAAAACAGAGAUCACAUUCAGAAUGGCUCUGUGGGAAAGAUCUGUCCCCAGGCAGCCCCGUUGUGGUCGACAACUGCCGAAGAAGCCUUCCUCUUGAGCUACUUCUAUAAUACAUCCUUCCCUCUAUCCACCAACAUCUCUUCCUACGAGUACAAACCGGCGAAGCAAGACCCACGCACUACUGAGGACUGUUUAUUCCUCGAUGUGAUUGUGCCUAAGAAGAUCUUCGAACGCAGCAAAGGUGAAGCCGCAGCAUUCCGAAAGAACUUGGCGCCGGUGCUGGUGUGGAUCUAUGGUGGAGGCUAUGUGGGGGGAGAAAAGAGCAGCUCCGACCCCACCGGAUUGAUCCAGCGAAGUCAGCAGGGAAACAAUGAUGGGGUUGUUUAUGUUGCCUUGAAUUAUCGAUUGGGUGCAUUUGGCUGGCUUGGUGGCGACAGUAUCACAGCCAAUGGCACGGCCAAUGCAGCGCUGCACGAUCAACGAUUUGCUCUUGACUGGGUGUAUAAGAACAUUCACCUGUUCGGUGGAGAUGCAACCCGAGUCACAGUUAUGGGAGAGUCUGCCGGCGCAGGAUCAAUCCUUCAUCAGAUCACCGCGUAUGGAGGCACCCGCGGCGCUGCACCCUUCCAACAAGCGAUCAUGCAGAGCCCAGGCUGGGUCCCAGUCAUUGGCGAAGAGGAGCAAGAAGCCACGCUGCAACAGUUCCUAGGAAUUCUCAAUGUCAGCACGAUUGAGCAAGCCCGGAAAUUGCCUUCGGCCAAAUUGAUCGCGGCCAAUGCGUACCAGGUCGCGACCAAGUCCCAGUGGGGACAGUUCACCUACGGUCCCGUUGUGGACGGCAGCUUCGUUCCAGCUCUGCCGGGGCAGCUUUUGCUUCGAGGCGAUUUCGACCCCAACUUGAAUAUCAUGGUCGGCCAUAACGCAGACGAGGGGUUGGCCUUUACUUCGCCGGACAGCGUCAAGAGCACCGGUCUGGCCACUCAAAUGAAGACCUUGUCACCGAACACUCCCAAAAACGUGUCCGACUUUGUCUAUAAUGUCCUCUACCCACCGGUCUAUAACGGGUCUUAUGGGUACACCGACUCGGUCGCGCGCACGGCGCUCGUCAUCUCCGACCUCAUCUUCCAGUGCAAUACCGAUUAUAUCAACCGCGCGUUCUACAAUCAGACCUAUGCGUAUGAGUUCAGCAUCCCGCCCGCGCUGCACGGACAGGAUGUCUCAUACACGUUCUACGACAAUAAGACCAGCUCUUCGCUCCUGGGAGUCACCAACGCGACCGUGGCGUUGGCUAUGCAGGAUUAUUUCACCAGCUUUGUCCAGCAUGGCGUGCCCAAGUCUCAUCUGGCACCGGUGUUCCGAAAGCAUGGCCAGUAUGCACAGCUCAUGAACAUUGGCAAUAAUAGCAUCCAGGCGACGCGGGACCUGACCAACAACCCACGCUGCCGGUUCUGGCAGACUGCGCCUUAUUACCAGGCGACCUGA